AUGCCGGCCAGUCCACCCUCUUCGGAGCUUCAAGACACCGAUGCGUUCCCGUGGGAUCUCGGCGUCUAUGACGCACAUUGUCAUCCGACAGACACAAUGGCGUCGAUUGCGGAUAUAGCAUCCAUGAGCGCCAGAACUCUUACGAUUAUGGCCACACGAGGCCAAGAUCAAGGGCUCGUGUAUGACUCGACAUUCACAGUGAAUAAGCAGGCCGGCCAUGCCAGUGAAGAGGAUAAAGUGAUACCAGCAUUCGGCUGGCAUCCAUGGUUCUCAUAUCAGAUCGUGGACGAUAGCAGUGCUGCCAAUCCCACAGGGAAAGAUGCGCAUUAUUCAGCCGUCCUUGCGCCGUCGCCUGCCGAAGACGUUGAGUUUUUGAAGAAUCUUCCAGAGCUCAAAAUUCUCUCUGCACUGGUCGCCGAGACUCGGGACCGGUUGAGACAAUUCCCACAUGCACUGGUGGGCGAGGUGGGCUUGGACAAGUCCUUCCGAUUACCCGGAUCAUGGACUCGAGAGGAUCUCGAGGCUCGCGACGAGCAAAUGACUCCGGGCUCACGAGAAGGGCGCCGUCUGUCCCCAUAUAAAGUCAAGCUGGAUCACCAGCGACUAGUAUUGAAAGCACAGCUACGCCUAGCGGGGGAGAUGCAGCGUCCCGUCUCAGUGCAUAGCGUACAAUCUCAUGGAGCGGUUUUCGAAGUAUUACGAGAACUAUGGAAGGGCCAUGAACGGAAGACCAUGUCUCGACGGGAACGCGCGAGACUGCAAGACGCCGAAGGAGCCCUUUCUGAUGACGAGAGUCUCCCCGAUGUCGAGCAUCUCCAGGGAAAUAAAGAUGAUCUUCAAGAGCAGCAAAGGUCCACCACUAUGCGCAAUACAGACAGUGCACAACCCUUACCCUUCCCGCCGCGCAUCUGCAUGCACUCCUACUCUGGCCCCGUGGAGCCCAUCCGCCAGUUCUUGCAUGAGUCGAACCCGUCCGACGUCUAUUUUUCGUUCUCGGCCGUCAUCAAUUUCAGCGGCCUGUCAUCCGCAAAGGCUCUGGAUGUGAUCAAGGCGUUGCCAUCCGAUCGUAUAUUGAUCGAAAGUGAUCUUCACAUUGCGGGAAAGCGGAUGGACAAUCUAUUGGAAGAUGCAGCGCGGCAAAUUUGUCGAGUACGCGGGUGGGAGCUGCGAGAGGGGGUGCAGCAACUCGCUGAAAAUUAUAAACGCUUUAUCUAUGGAUAA